AUGGCCUACUGGCUGCAAACCUUCUGCGACUGUCCACAACCGUUUCCAUUCCUCAGCUCUUCACUGAAUCAUGUCCGCUACGACGCAUUUAUUGCACACAGUAGCAAAGACAAGGACGUUGUAGAACCAGUGAUAGAGCAGCUAGAGGAACGAGGUACCCAGUGUUGUUAUAGCACACGUGACUUUGACCUAGGAAAGUCACUUACAACCUCUAUUCAAAAAGCAAUUGAUGAAUCAAAGUGCACCAACGUGUUCCUGUCUGAGAACUUUAUGAAGAGCUCGUGGUGUGAAUGGGAAGCUGAUCGUGCCAUUACCAAUUCGGGUUACGACUUCUACCAGCUUACCAAGUUUCAUUCAUAUCUGAUGCAGAUAGAGCAGUACUUUUGUAAUGAGGCGAUCUGUGAACUGCCAGGUGUGGGGAAGGUAAUAAAGCACAUGGCAUGA